CGCACCAUUCUUCCGAGCAGCCAGCGGCUUUCGUUUGUGUUUGUUACGAUCAACAACGAUACCGAGAUAAAUCGAGAAAAAAAACGUGUGUGUGUCACCACCGAAUGUGAACAUCGUUGUUGAGGGUCUAGAAACAGUAACAGCUUCAUCGCCAUCUCGUCGACCGAAAGUGCAUCUGAAUUUUGUGUUCCCGUGUGUCUUUUGCGUCCUGAGUGUCCUGAGUGUUGUUUGCCAAGUGUGGUGCUCAAAACAAUAAUACUUGUUGCACGAACCAGAAAGGCGAGAUUGUGAAAACAAUUAAAAUAUUGAGCAAACUAAUAACUGCAACAGUUCUGCCACUCAAAGACGAUCGAAAGAGGGUUUUGUGGCUGUGGAAAUGGCUAUCGCUUUCUACAUACCGGCCGUGGAGGAUGAGGCGGAAAACCAGCGCUUGCUGGAGCAGCAGCAGAUGCUGCUGCAGCAGCAGCUGCUCCAUCGCCGAUUAAGGCUGCAGCAGCAAUUACAGUUACAGCUGCACCAGCAGCAGCUACAACUGCAGCAACAGAUCCAGCAGCAACAACAAAUGCAGCAGCAGCAAUCAAUUCAAUCAUCUGCUGCCAGUCAGUCGCAACCCCAGACUCCAUCAACUCCCACGCAAAAUGGUGCUACUCAGCAGGAACAGCAACCGCAGCUGCAACAAGUACAGCAGCAUCGUUCCUCCGGGCAUACUAUGCAACAAGUUCGCUACCAGCUGCUCCGCACCACACUGCACGAGAUCCUGUUCCGCCACGUGCUGCAGACGAUUCGUCGGCGAGGACAAUGUCAACUGUGCGGGAGACUCUACCAGCUGUUGCGCAAGCAACAGCAGCAGCGGCAGCAGCAGUAAGAAGAGCGCCGUUAAAUCCAAGCUCAGUUAAGUAAUAGUGUCCUGAGAAGGAAACCACUGCCCGAAUGCAACCACCAGGCAUACAACUAUACCUAACGCCUCAUUCACGGGUUGUUCAUAAACAUCGGGAGAGUGAGACAAGAGUGAUUCAUCGCUGCACCGGAGUGAUACCGGAGCAAAGUGCAGUGUAUACGGCUGUGAUCCACCUUUUACACACUCUUGAGUUGGUUCUGGCACUCACUGCCCUGCUGGAUCGUCCACACCUAAGACAU